CAUCUAGAUAUGGGCUGGGCCCAAAUGGUGGAAUAGUGACCUCUCUCAAUCUCUUCGCUACAAGAUUUGAUCAGGUGAUGAAGUUUAUUGAAAAGAGACAAAAUGCAUCCAAGUAUGUUAUUAUUGACACACCAGGGCAAAUUGAGGUAUUCACCUGGUCAGCAUCAGGAACCAUCAUAACUGAGGCCCUGGCUUCCUCUUUUCCUUCAGUUGUUGUUUAUGUGAUGGACACCUCUCGCAGUGCUAACCCUAUCACGUUUAUGUCCAACAUGCUGUAUGCCUGCAGUAUCCUCUACAAGACAAAGCUACCUUUCAUUGUUGUCAUGAACAAAACUGACAUAAUUGACCACAGUUUUGCAGUAGAAUGGAUGCAGGACUUUGAGACUUUUCAGGAUGCCCUGAAUCAAGAGACAUCCUAUGUCAGUAACCUGACUCGUUCUAUGAGUUUAGUGUUGGAUGAAUUUUACAGUUCACUGAAGGUAGUUGGUGUUUCUGCUGUGCUUGGCACAGGACUGGAUGAUUUUUUUGUUCAGCUUUCUAAAGCUGUAGACGAAUAUGAGAGAGAAUAUCGUCCAGAAUAUGAGCGCCUGAGAAAAACACUGGAGAAAGCUCAAAACAAACAAAAGAGAGAGCAGCUGGAACACUUGUGGAAGGACAUGGGCAGCGUGUGUGUCCAGGGCCACACACUUGCAG